AUGUCGUUCCAAACCAGCUCUUCUGAUCCACAACCAAAGCGCCAGGGGAAGCAUGUCACCACCGCUUGUCUUGGCUGUCGCAAACGCAAAAUCAAGUGCGACGGUAUUAGUCCACGGUGCUCCAACUGUGUCCUGUACGGCCAGGAGUGCGUCUUCCAGCACGGCGUAGACAAGCGGAAGAUUGCCCCGAAGGAGAGAUUGCAAGCCCUGACGAGCUAUUGCCAGCAACUCGAGUCUCUACUCAUUGCCAAUGGCAUAGAUGUGCCGCCUCCACCACCGCUCCAUGUUCAGAGCGUCUCAGCGAACAGUAAGGCGGCUCCAUCCUGGCUGGUCGAGGCUUCUCCGCCCCAGGAUUUUCCACCGAGCAUCGGCCAGCCCGAUUUCGCUAUCUCAGAAUGGCCUGGAGAAGAUGGGCUAGGCGUUCAAAACACCUCGGCCAUGACGCGAAGGCCUCUCGAGGAUGGUUACCUGUAUUCUGAGUCUUCUCCGGAUGUGCCUCAGAUCGAUCAUUCGACUGCCGACAUCAAAGCGACAGUUCCCAUCCACAGCGAAGACAUUUUGCUGGAUCAAUUGUCCGGAAGAAUGGGCUCGUUGCAGAUUGCCGAGGAUGGACAGCUACGGUUUUAUGGGGCUACGUCCAAUCUGCACAUCCUCCAUAAUGGGCCCCUUUCCUUGUCAAGAUCAAAGUUCCGCUCCCCCUCUGAACAGGGAGCCCAAUUGCUUAACGGAGCAGGCGUCGGUCAUUUUGUCGACGAAAGCCUCGAAGACCACCUCUUGCGGCUGUACUUCACCUGGGAGGAGCCUUCGAUUCACGUGGUCGAUGAGUCCUUGUUCUGGCGCGAGCGAAUGAUUUGCAAAGGCGCAGGUCAAGUCAGUACCUUGUACUCGGAGGUGUUGACCAAUGCAAUGUGUUCUGUUGGAGCUACCCUCACGACCAAGACUUACCCUCACUUGCCUGAUCCUCUGCCGGACUUCUUUGCGACCAGAUCCAAAUUGCUUUUGGAACUCGAAAUGGAUGCUCCAACUCUAUCUACCGUUCAAUCUCUGGUCAUUCUUAGUGCCGUCGAGGCCCUUCUGACGAGGGAUGCCCGUGGCUGGCUUGAUAGUGGAAUGGCUGUCAGACUUGCUGUUGAUCUAGGCCUCCAUCUUGAUCCCGAACCGUACGUUCAAGCCGGCCUGAUCACGUGUCAAGAAGGGAUGGUUCGUAAGGUGAUAUGGAGUGGAGUCUACGUACACGAUAGGAUGUGGAGUCUAUAUGUUGGCAGACCUGUCGCACUGGACGACAAACAUAUAACGGUUCAGUUCUCAGCGGAAGAGGCCAACGCAGGUCCGGUCCAAAAGUACUGGUCCCCUUACGAUGACAGCGAGGCAGUAGACUGGCCACGCAUGGUGGACUCCAUUGACGAGCUGGGUGUCUGGAACGUGAAAUUAUGCGCACACAUGACUGCAAUCAGGGAGACAUUGUACCCUGACGCGAUGACUGGCCCAAGCAACGCUAGGCAGCUGUAUCAGUUUGCCAACCAAAUGCGCGACAAGUUACUGGGCUGGCAGAGAAGUCUCCCGCCCAGCUUGGCUGUCAACGACCUGGACAAACGAGCUUUAUACCUUCCGCACGUCCUUCAACUCCAUAUGCAAUACCAUAGCAUUAUGAUCAUCACGUUCCGCCCGUUCUUCGCCUCCGUCAAAACUCUGCCAGGCCUUACCACCGCUGAGAUUGCGACUGGCCGCAACCAUUGCACCGCCUCAGCCAAUUUCGUGGCGAAGCUAAUCCAGACCUACCGUCGCCAAUAUACCCUCAGAAGAAUCAAUGUUCAGGCUGUCCACCUCGUCUUCACUGCCACGCUGAUUCAUGUUUUCACCGCAUGUGCGGCAACGGAUCCAGUUCGGAGCAACAGCGCGUGGAAGAAUCUGGAGAUCUGUUGUCAAGCAUUGAGUGAAUUGGGACUUGCCUUCAAAAGUGCUUCAAGAGCACUCGAGGUGAUCAUGGGCAUCAAAAGUGAUCUCCUCCGGAGAUCGAAAUCAAACAUCAAGCGACAAAAUCCAUGGACUGAUACUCAGGAACCAGGACCAGUUCCCGCCAAGAAGCGGCGACCUACAAAUGCCGAAAGCGACAUGUUGCAGACACAUCAAUCUCCUCAAAGCCAGGGCAGCUCCGAUUUUGGCCUCAACUUGAACGAGGCUGAUCCUGCAUUCAACUUUUUCGACACGUCGUACGACGACUUUUCCCUCGAAACUCUGUUUUGGGGUGGUUACACCAAUCUCGAACUGCCUCACUUGCCGCCUCAAGAACCAUGA